AUGGCGCCAUCUCUGCAUUUCCUGCGCCCGUACGCAUUCCAGCCCCUGGCGCCGGCGUCGUCUCCUUCUGGCUCUGCAUACAUCCGUUUCUACGAGUUGGCAAGACGGAACCCACAAGCUGUCUGCCAAAGGAACAGCUCGACCGCCCCGCCCAACACCAUUGCCAGGAUCAGGACGCGCACUCCUUAUGUGAAGCGCGAUGUUGAGGCGUACAAUCCUGAGGACCGCGGCGCUCUCACGGCCGCUCGCGUCAAGCAGCUCCAGAUGGCUCAUGCUCUCUUGUACCCCCGGCUGAAACGCUAUGCGAAGCCUCUUACGAUAUCGAACUUUAGAAAAGAAUAUGAGAAAAAGAUCAAACUCCCAUCAGAAACUCUGGGUGACAUUGUGACGGUCGGCGGUCGCGUGUCCUCUAUUAGUCAACUUGGAAACAAGCUGGCUUUUGUAAAACUCGUCAUGGAUGGCGCGAUGGUCCAGGGCGUCUUGAAUAUCAACAAAAUGAUAGACGGCACGGACAUGAGGCAUUUCACCGACCUCGUUCGCUUGAUUAAAAGAGGAGAUCACAUCUCAAUUACCGGGCAGCCCACGCGCACGCAGACGAAGGAGUUUUCUAUCGAAGCUAUACAUCUCCCGCAGAUUGUCUCGCCCGGCUUAGCACCGCUCCCAUACAAUCUUCCUGAGGAGUCCAGGAUGAACCAACGGCAUCUUGACCUACUUGUCAACAAGCAAGCUGCAGAUACUCUGCGUGUAAGGUCGUGUGUGAUCAGACACUUAAGACAGUGGUUGGAGACCAAGCUGGAGUGCAUCGAGGUCCAUACUCCUAUCUUGGCUGCGAACGCCGGCGGUGCUGUGGCUCGGCCUUUCACGACCAACGCUACCGAGUUCCCAGAGAAGCAGCUGGCUCUGCGCAUAGCACCGGAGCUUUGGCUCAAGCGACUCGUUGUUGCGGGCUUCGACAGAAUAUACGAAAUCGGUCCAGCCUUCAGAAAUGAGGGCAUUGACUCUACUCACAACCCAGAAUUCACCAUGUGUGAGUUUUAUGUCUCUCACAUCAACCUCGAACAGGUGAUGCAAGACACCAGGGAGAUGUUCUCCGACCUCGCCGCCGCUGUUGCCAAGUUCAGGAGCGACCACAAUCUUGAGACUCUGCAACCACCAGAUCCCAAAUUGUUCGCCAAGGAGUGGCAAGUGGUUGACUUCAUCCCAGCAAUCAAUAUGGAGCUUGGAAGCGCUCUGCCAAGGUUGGACAACAAUCCAAACGCCGUGCAGGAGAUCAUCAAGCUCCUUGAAGCUCGGGGCAAGGACUGGCACAAGUCCUUGCCGCCCAACCCAUCACUUUCGAAACUCCUGGACCGCAUUGCAGGCGCCGUUCUCGAGCCCCAGUCCCAGGGCAAGCCAAUCUUCAUCACUAAACACCCGGCCUGCAUGUCUCCUCUGGCCAAGACAUUCACAUGCCCCAUCACGAAACAGUUCGUCUCCGCCCGGGCCGAGGUGUUCUUCGAUGGCAAUGAACUGGCCAACAUGUACGAGGAAGAGAACAGCCCUUACGUGCAGAGGCUCAAAUUUGUCGACCAAGCGAAGGCAAAGCUGGCUCAACAGCAGAACGCGGCUCCUGGCGAACAAUCGCUCGGCGACGAGGACGAUGAGCCAGCUCAUUUCAUUGACGAGCAAUAUGUCUCCGUGUUAGAGUCUGGUCUACCGCCCACAGCUGGCUGGGGAUGUGGUGUGGACCGACUGGUGAUGAUGUUCACGGGUGCUGGGAGAAUCAGCGAAGUGUUGCCGUUUGGGAACCUGAGGAAUGUCGUUGGGCUGGCGUCGACCGGCCCGCAGAACCAGGAGCAUAAGAAGGAGGACGGCUCAGAGAGCGACUCUGGCUCUAUACUCCCCGAUGGUGCCGCUGGAGCAGCUGAAGCCCAAAUAUCGUCAAGAGAGGAGCUCGAAAAGACGGUGCAGGUGGGCAAGGAGACGAUCUUCCCGACCGGCGAGGUGGCACGAAACGGACCGAAGGCUGGAAAGGCCGGGCCCUCGCACGUCAUCGAGCGGGAGAAUACCACCUACGGGAGCUUCUCGGACGAUAUCUCUGCCGCCCAGGCAGACGGUGCCACAGCCACCGAUAAUGGUGACGCCGCGGCCCAAGAAAGCGGCAAAUCUGCAGAUGCUAACCGCCAGAAGCGUGCUGCGGACGACGCCCUCCAUUACAUCAUGGGCAACAUGCCAUAA